AAUAAAACUAGUUUUAUAAAACUAGUAAUAACACUUUUUCUUUUUACUUAUAUAUAUUAUAUAUUUUCCUUUUAUCUUAAAAAUAAAUAAAAAAUAAAAAUAAGAGAUGGGUUACAUUUUUCUGACCAUGAUUGCAUUUCUCGUUAUUUUUGCCUUACCGGCGGUUGUAGCCGACGAUACAACUCCGAUUCCAGAAGACAAAGCCCAAGUCGAGGCAUGGUUCAAGGCCAACGUUCAACCCUAUUCAGCGAGACGAGGCACACUUGACCCCGUGCUGGAUGCAGCUGAAGCAUCGCCACAGAUCAUCAAGGUGAAUCAAGAAGGAGGCGGCGAUUUUAAGACAAUUAAUGAAGCGAUCAAGAGCAUUCCGAUAGGGAACACAAAGCGUGUGAUCAUCAAGUUGGCUCCUGGUGUAUACCAUGAGAAAGUCACAGUCGACGUAGGUCGACCAUUCGUUACAUUGAUGGGUAAACCUGGUGCAGAAACGAACUUGACUUUCGACGGGACGGCCUCUAAAUUCGGAACCAUGGAGAGUGCGACGCUUAUCAUCUGGGCCAAAUAUUUUGUGGCAGCCAACUUACACGUUAAAAAUACUGCUCCAAUGCCGAAAGCAGGAACACAAGGACAAGCGCUCGCUAUGAGGAUUAACGGCGAUAAAGCGGCUUUCUACAACUGCAGAUUCUAUGGUUUUCAAGACACUCUUUGUGAUGAUAUAGGCAACCAUUUCUUCAAGGACUGUUACAUCGAGGGAACCUAUGAUUUUAUCUUCGGAAGAGGAGCUUCCUUGUACUUGAACACGCAAUUGCACGCUGUUGGAGAUGGAUUAAGAGUGAUCACAGCACACAAUCGACAGAGUGAAAACCAGCAGAAUGGGUAUUCAUUCGUGCAUUGCAAGAUUACUGGAGUUGGAACGGGGAUCUAUUUGGGUAGGGCAUGGAUGAGCCACCCUAAGGUCGUGUAUGCCUACACUGAGAUGUCCAGUGUCGUCAACCCAACCGGAUGGCAAGAGAACAGGAACCGCGAGAAUGACAAGACGGUGUUCUAUGGAGAAUACAUGUGCACGGGACCAGGAUCACACAAAGAGAAAAGAGUGGCCCACACACAAGACAUCGACAAAAACGAAGCUAACGGUUUCCUUACCCUCGGCUACAUCAAAGGCUCCUUGUGGCUCCUCCCUCCUCCCGCUUACUAAACCACACCCAUCUCAUAACUAUUAUUCUUUACUUUUUGGCUGAAAAUUUAUGUGUAUAAAUGAAUGUCUUGCAUUA